ACGUCAAAAAAGGCUGUGUUUCUGCAAUUUCACGAUUGCGUGCUUUGUUUCUUCUUUCAUUUUAAUCUAAAAUUUAUUUAGUUUUUUGCCAAAAAGCUAGACUACAUUUAAAGCUAAUAUGAUAAACGAUAAAACGUAUACUUGUAGAUAAAUGAUAGUAAUAGAGUGAGUACAAUAAUUCGUAAGCAUUGCCGUCCACGCGGAUUUUUUAUAAUGGAAAACCUUGAUGAGAGUAACAAUAAAAAUGUGUCGCUCAGUUUAAUAGCUGAAUAUGGCUCGGAAUCCGAUUCUGAGGACAUCAGAUCCAACGAAAAUACUGGAAAUGACUCUGAUGCUGUGGAACUAAGUGAUAUGGUCUUGAAAAAUAAUAUUAUAAAUGCUUGCGCCCAUGGUCCAUUGUCGGAAGGCGGUGAUAGCGAUGUGGGUACCACCAGCCACAUGAUUAUCGAUAGUUCUGAGAGUGGUAUAGUUGAAUAUGAUGUAUCAGAGUACAGAGAUAUUGACAGUGACUCCUCAAGUUCCGAUAACUCAAGUGAUAGUGAUGUGGAUUCUGUUAAAGAUAUCGAGGAGAUGUCUAGUGGUGAUGAGCUAGAAGGAAACAAUAAAUCAGAAAAGUUGCAGCCUCCUAAAGUGCAUGGUGAACUAGGGCUGGAUGAGUUACCACCCAUAGAAGAUCUUGCAAUCAGUCUUCCAGCACAGGAAACUGUUAAGAUUGGCACUGUUGCCAGUAUAGUUGAUAGAUUAGUUAUAGUUCGUGCGUUCCCUCAAACUCCAGCUGUGGAUCUGGACAGUGUCCUCUUUCUAGAAAAUGGUGCAAAAGCACUGGGCAAAGUUUUCGAUGUUUUCGGACCGGUGACCGAGCCGCACUACUGCGUGCGCUUCAACUCGGUGGAGCACGUGCGCGAGCGGGGCGUGUCCUGCGGCGCCGAGGUGUUCAUCGCGCCGCGCACCGACCACACCAACUACGUCUUCCUCGCCGAACUUAUGAAAGUGAAAGGCUCAGAUGCUUCAUGGCUCCACGACAUAGAACCCCCUCCAAGCCACGUGGACUAUUCAGACGACGAAGAGGAAAGAAGGGCCAACAAAGCAAAGAAGGAACAGCAAAAGCAGAACAGACAGGAAACCUCAGAAAACGGGGAGAACUCCAAAAACCCGCCGCCCAGAAAAAUGUUGGAGGCCAAACGUAGCCAACGUCCGUUUGAAUCUAGCAGCAGAUUCGGGGGAUCGGGUAGGGGACGUGGUAGCACGCUCCCUAGUUUUAGAAGAAACCCUAACUUUAACCGUUCCAGAUCCUGGAAUGACCAGGAAAUGAGAACCCCGCCGCCGCACCCGAGUAUGGACCCUGGAGGUCAUCCAUUCGUUGCGCCCCCCAUGUUCAAUCCCCCGAUGUUCCCCCCGUUCAAUCCUAGCACUCCUCCUCCAUACAUGAAUCGUAUACCGUUUAGGCACCCGCGUAUGCAGGUUUUACCCCCAAUGAUUGCGCUCCCACCCUUUAGGCAGAAUUUGCCCAUUUUCGGGGCAAACUACUGCAGCAGCGCGGGCCCGCAUCCGCAGUGGCUCAACCAACCCCCACCUCCUCCCGGAACGUAAGCGCACACGGCAAGAUGUAUGGUUUAAGAAUGAUGUUAUUAAUUUGUAUGUUUAGUCAAUAGCUAGUGCUGUGUUAACAAUACUAGUUUGCUUAUCCAAAUAUCUAUAUAUUUAUAUAAAUUAAAGUUAUGGUACAGUGA